CCAGAUGCCGGAGCCACAGGAGAGGGAGGGGCCCCGGGGGAGGGGGGGGCCGCGGCCCCCAACCUGACGAGCAACAGACGCCUUCAGCAGACCCAGGCCCAAGUGGACGAGGUGGUGGACAUCAUGCGUGUGAACGUGGACAAGGUGCUGGAGCGCGACCAGAAGCUGUCGGAGCUGGACGACCGGGCCGACGCCCUGCAGGCCGGGGCCUCCCAGUUCGAGAGCAGCGCCGCCAAACUGAAGAACAAGUACUGGUGGAAGAACCUCAAGAUGAUGAUCAUGAUGGCUGUGAUUGGGAUCAUCUGUGUGGGCGUGCUGUUCUUGUGGGCUCCGUCGGCGGGCUGCAGUCAGGGGCUUCUCCCUGGAGUGGGAGCCAGAGAAAGCCGUACCAACACCCGCCUGCAGGGGGCGCCAGAGAAGGGGCCGACAGAGCUGUCGACCUCCGACUAA